AAGAUCUACACUUGCAAAGUGCCUGGCUGUGGAAAAUGCUUUAAGCGCAGCGAGCACUUGAAGCGGCAUGUGCGCAGUAUCCAUACGGACGAAAAGCCGUACAUGUGCCCCUUUCCCAAUUGUUUCAAACGCUUCUCUCGCCAUGACAAUCUCAAUCAGCAUGCGCGAGUUCAU